ACGACUUUUAGCUUUAAAACCUAAACACUGCACUGAACAUGUCAGAGGAGACAGCGGCCCAUUUCAGAGCAGAUCCAUCAGAGCCAGAACCAGAAUGGAUCCCGGACCAGCCAUUAAAAGGGCCACCCUUCUGCUGUCAGCUGUCUGUCUGAGUGUCUGCUCUCAGCCAAUCACAGACAGCCAACGUCUGUUUUCCAUUGCAGUAAGCAGGGUUCAGCACCUCCACCUGCUCGCCCAGAGACUUUUCUCUGACUUUGAGAGUUCUCUGCAGACUGAGGAACAACGUCAACUCAGCAAAAUCUUCUUGCAGGAUCACUGCAACUCUGAUAUCAACAUCAGCCCAUUAGACAAGCACGGCACACAAAACAGUCCGGUUCAGAAGCUGCUGUCAAUUUGCUAUGUUCUGGUGGAAUCCUGGGAGUUACCCAGUCGCUCUUUGUCUGGGAGUUCUGCUCCAAGGAACCAAAUCUCACCCAAACUGGCUGAACUCAAGACAGGAAUUCUUCUUCUGAUCAGGGCCAAUCAGAAUGUGGCUGAGAUAUAUGAAGACACCCUGUCUCUUCCACUGGGGGAGUACAUAGACUAUUAUCAUGGACUUGGAGCCGAUGGCUCACUGCGGCGGACCUACGAACUGCUAGCUUGUUUCAAGAAGGAUAUGCAUAAGGUGGAGACCUACCUGACUGUGGCUAAAUGUCGACUGUCUCCAGAGACAAACUGUAUCCUGUAGUCAUGCUGCCCCCCACCAUGACAAUAGACUCCGCUUUUAAAUAAUUAUGUUAGCAUUAGCAGGAAUAGGAGGUGUCAUAAUAAAGUUUGUGUUGCAUUCUCA